CGCGCGCGCCGCCAGUACUCAGCCCGCAGGCCGCACGAACGCAGUGGCGCCCGCGCACCGCGACUCACACGCCCGCUACCCUAGCGCCCCCACCUCGAAACUUUGCUUUAACCCGUUUACCCUCGGUAGUGCUUGUGCUCUUGGACUGCAGAACAUAAAUCCUGGACGGAACAUUGACAGCCACAACCAGAACUUCCCAUUCAGAUAUUCGAGCAGCCAAGCUGUAGGCGAAAUUGCCUCGGAUUCCUAGUUUUAGUUCACAAUACUUAACCACUAUGGCGCUAAUACUACAAUACAUAAAUGACAUGCACGUAAUAAUGGACAAAUAUGGAGAUCCUCGGACAAAUCCAUGGUUCCUAAUGAGUUCUCCAUUUCCUACAUUAAUAAUUUGCUUAAGCUAUAUUUAUCUAGUCAAGGUUAUAGGACCCAGGUUUAUGGAAAACAGAAAACCUUAUGAAUUAAAAAAUCUUUUAAUAGCAUACAACUUUAUCCAAGUCCUGUUCAGCACGUGGCUAUUUUAUGAGAUCGGGGCAUCAGGCUGGUUCACAGGCAGGUAUAGCUAUCAGUGUCAGCCAGUCGACCACUCCAAACAUCCACAAACAAUGAGGAUGGUCAACGUUUGCUGGUGGUAUUAUUUCUCAAAAUUCACAGAAUUCUUUGAUACGAUCUUCUUUGUGCUCCGAAAGAAGUUUGACCACGUGUCAACGCUACAUGUGAUCCACCACGGCGUCAUGCCGAUGUCGGUCUGGUUCGGCGUAAAGUUCACGCCGGGCGGCCACUCCACGUUCUUCGGGCUCCUCAACACCUUCGUCCACAUCAUCAUGUACUCGUACUACAUGCUCGCGGCCAUGGGCCCCCACAUGAGGCCAUACUUGUGGUGGAAGAGAUACCUCACCACCCUGCAAAUGGUGCAAUUCGUAGGAAUAAUGGUGCACGCAUUCCAGUUAUUGUUCAUCGACUGUGACUACCCGCGGGCCUUCGUCUGGUGGAUCGGAAUGCACGCAGUCAUGUUCUUCUUCCUCUUCAAAGACUUCUACAACCAGUCUUACUCUAAACCUAAGGUCCGUGCGCGUGAUCGGUCACCGGCACCAGUGAGCGCGGGCGCGGGCGCGGUGGCGGGCGCCACGAUGCUGAAGGAGGCGUACGCGAACGGCACCCGCAACGGCUACAGCAACGGCCACGGCCACGGCGUCGCGCGCGCGCGCACCGUGCUGCCCGCCGGCAACUGACGCCGCGGCCCGGGGCCCACCGGCAACUGACGCCGCGGCCCGGGGCCCACCGGCAACUGACGCCGCGGCCCGGGGCCCACCGGCCGACCGCACGCUCCGGACUCGCGACCCCCCGACGGUUGACGUUAGCGAUAAAUGUGAUUUUUAUCUAGUGUACAUACGGUUAGACGGUACGGUGUAAAUUUUUAUUUUAAUUAUAGCGUAGGUAGAUUUGUGAUCGCAUAGCGUUUGUACUCUGUCAGUUCGGCGAUGAUGCUUCUAGUGUUAGGACGGUGCGGCGGUGCUCGCGCUCGCGACCUGAGUACCUUGCCUUAGUUUGAGUUACGAUGCCUCGCGGCGAGACGGCUGACCUGCGGUCGCUGACCGAUGCCUCGCAGCGAUGCGACGGCUGACCUGCGGUCGCUGACCGAUGCGAUUAGUUCAAUGUGUUGUCUCGACACGUUAUUGUUUCAAAUGCAACAUUUUUUGUUGUUAUACGUUGACUUUAUUAUACCUGAUGAAUGAAUAUUAUUGUUUUUAUCGUAUUUAAGUACAAUAACUGUAUUUUACUUCGAACGUUGAUUCGCAAUGUAGUUUUAGAAUGUAACACUAAAGCGGUUGUGUUGUUUAUUUAUUUUGUUUAAUUUAUCUCUUAUU